AUGAAUAAAAUAAGUAUAAUAAUAGUUGACAAAAAUGGUGUUCAAAGCCAGCACACCAAAACAAAGGUGACCACCUACGAGGAUGCACUUCUGUCUUGUGGCCGGGGGAAGUUCCACAUCAUUCUGCUGGUGCUGUGUGGCUGGGCGGUGUCCAGCGAUGCCAUCGAAGUGCUGUCUGUCAGUUUCCUGCUGCCGUCGGCGACCUGUGACCUUUCACUGACGUCAUCUGACAAAGGCUUGCUCAACUCUAUCGUCUUCGUGGGCAUGAUGAUUGGAGGUUACAUCUGGGGCAGCUUGGCCGAUAAAUGGGGGCGACGGAACAUCUUGAUGUGGUCCCUGCUGGUUAAUGGAAUCGGGAACUUAGCUUCAAGUGUCUCACAAGUCUUCUGGCUCUUUCUGAUCUGUCGUUUUGUCAGCGGCAUUGGGGUUGGGGGAAGUAUGCCGGUGGUGUUUACCUACUACACCGAGUUUCAGCACAAGUCCAAACGUGGAGCCAUGAUCAGUCUCCUGGCCACUUUCUGGAUGGCGGGAAAUAUUGUCGCCGCAGGUCUGGCAUGGAUUGUGAUACCACGAGAAUAUCUGAGUUUUGUGUCCGGGGAUUUCACAUUCCACAGUUGGAGGGUGUUUGUGGCCCUGUGCACCAUCCCUAGUAUCACCUCGGCAGCCAUGUUUGUUCUGAUGCCAGAGAGCCCAAAGUAUUUGUUGCAGAUGGGCAGGGAACAGGAUGCAAUAGCAGUUCUGUACAACGUACAUGCUUCCAACAAGUCGACCGCUGCACUACAG